AUGUCCGUUGCUAAUCGCUCACUGGGACGCGACGUCCACAUUUACGAUGCGAAUAAUCCCGCUACGGUGCUCGGCGGUCUCGUUCUCACCAACGGUGUGACAAACGCCAACUUCUACUCGAUGGUGGAAGUCUUCCUGCUUUUCGACAGCAACUACGUUCUGCGGCAUGAAGACGUCACGGAAGUUCGGAGGGAUGAGGAGGCACUUCAGCCAGGGAAUUACUACAUUCACACGAAUGGGUCCAUCAUCGUCAAUGAUGAGCUUUGGCUGGUUCGUACGGUCUCGCUGAGUACUGGAAGCCGUAUCGCAGGAUUUCGUGAUGCUAUCCGCGAGCGAGAUGGUCGAUGCGUUAUUACCGGAGAAGAAGCGGCAAAUGCCCGAGGUGCCUGGACGGGCUUCGAGGCUGCCCACAUCUUUCCUUUGGCAUACGAAGGGCACUGGAAGGAGCAUGACUACGGUGGCUGGAUCACCAUUCCGCCGGCUACCGAGCCCGCAGGAUCCAUCAACUCGGUUCAGAAUGGGAUGUUGCUAAGAGCGGACAUUCACGCGCUCUUCGACAGCUAUGACGUGUCGAUCAAUCCAGAUGAUAAUUACAAGAUCGUCUGCUUCAACACCGAUAGAAAGGGCAUCGCCGGCAGGCAUCUCGAUCAGCAAUUGCUUGACGAUCCUCGUAGGCCCGUCGACCAGCUGUUGCGCUGGCAUUUCCGGCAGGCUGUCUUGGCGAAUAUGAGGGGAGCUGGCGAGCCUGUCUUUGAGUUUGAUUUCCCGCCCGGUUCGGACAUGAUGGGAGAGAUUAUGGAGGGCCCGAAGGCCGGUGAAAGGAUGGAGUUUGAACUGUUCAGUCGUCUGGCAGGAGUUACAAGGGGGUACGGGGGCGCAGCCCCUGUAUGCGAGGAGGCGCUAGCCGACGAUUACUACAACGACAAGCGCGCGACAGAAGGAUUUCUGGCACCAGACACCAGCCUAAGAUAUUCACGCAAGUGA